AUGCCACAGGACGGACGCCGUCAGAGCUGGGAAUCAUGCCUGCAAAAGCGUCAGGUUAACACUACGUCAACAAGGCUGGCCGGCUCUUUUCUGUAUGAUAGAUCUGCUCAUUGUUGGAUGCCUCGUGGACUGCAUCAACCUGAACGUCGUAUUCAUGCUAAACGGCUGUGGUACAGCGCGAAUCAGCCGACGUAUUCUGGUGACAUUGGCGUAGGAAUCUCUGCUUGA